AUGACUGAAUAUACUGAACAAUUAGACCCUUCAUGGACCCAAAAGAUAUAUAAUGGUCUUAAAUCAUAUGUUCCGGCCUCAGGAACUGUUCCUUCUGAAGUUGUUCCAGGAAAAUAUGAAGGCGGUUUCCAAUUAUGGGAAUGUACUGUUGAUCUUCUUAAAUAUAUGGAACAAUUUGAUUAUAAGGGCAAAAACGUAUUCGAAUUAGGCUGUGGAAGAGGUCUUCCUGGAAUUUAUGCUGCUUUGCACGGUGCAGCCAGUGUAGUUUUACAAGAUUACAACAAAGACGUAAUUGAAAAGUUAACAAUGCCAAAUGUCAGACUUAACGAAUGCCCUCAAGGAAUUAUUGAAUAUUCUGCAAGCGCAUGGGCAGAUUGCGAAAAAUUAUUUACAGCAAAGAAAUAUGAUUUUGUUUUAGCAUCAGAAACAAUAUACAGAAAGGAACAGCUUCCUGAUUUCAUCAAUGCCAUCAAACAUCUCUUAGCUCCAGACGGUAUUUGCUUAGUCGCCGCAAAGAGAGUUUACUUCGGACUUUCUGGAAGCGUUUUUGACUUUGUUGAAGAAAUCAAAGGUACAUUUAACCACGAAAUGUAUCAUGUAAAAGAUCCAAGCAUUAACUCAAAGAGAGAGAUUGUUAUCUUGAAGUGGAAGCAAUAG